AUCAAGACACGAAAACGUCUUCUCCGUGAUCAACUUGUUCUUAAUUUCAUGUAAGAAAAUGUAUCCCAACACUAGAGAGGGUUUAUGCACAUAUUACAGUCUAUAAUUCGGAGAAACCUUUCGGUUUACAUUUUUUUUUUUUUAUUUAAAUUAAUUUACCGCUCACCCAUCUACGGGAUCCGCGAAGGGUCAACAUCACAAGUUCGGACUCUGGACCCACUGAAACUCAACAGAGAGUUUAAGUGAAUAUUUUGCAUUAGUUAAGCUGUUUAUUACAGGUGCAGCCAAAGGGCUAGACUGCACAAUAAUUUGUGAUUUGUGUAGUACAAGAUCUAUGGAGGACAUGGCGACAUCACUCAGUCCUUCUGCUGGGUUUGUUCUGGGCUUGGAUCUGGGCACCACAUCAGUGAAAGUCGUGCUGCUGGAUGCGCAGUCAAAGAGGGUGUCAGACAGCACGAGUUUCCCUACAAACUCUGAUAUCAGCUGCACCACCGACAAACAGGCUAAAGAGCAGGAUCCUGCUCUAAUAAUCGCCGCUCUGGACCGCUGCAUGGAUGCUUUACCUAAAGACAAGCUGCAGAAAGUCAGAUCUAUUGGAGUAUGUGGACAAAUGCAUGGCAUUGUGUUGUGGAAAUCUAAAACAGAAUGUGAAUUGCAAAGCAAAGAUGAAGUCAUUAGAUUCAUUCCCAAAGAUGUCAGUCAGUUGGUCACCUGGCAGGAUGGGCGAUGCAGCACUGCCUUCCUUUCUUCCCUGCCUAAAGCAGACUCGCACCUGAGUGUAGCCACUGGCUUUGGUUGUGCCACCAUCUUCUGGUAUAUGAAACACAGACUGGAGUUCCUGUCAGAUUUCAGUGUGGCAGGCACCAUACAAGACUAUGUGGUUUCCAUGUUAUGUGGCCUUGAUAAUUGUGUCAUGACUGGGCAAAAUGCUGCUAGCUGGGGCUACUUCAACACAACUACCAACCAGUGGAACACGCAAAUUCUGAAGGAUGCUGGUUUUCCUGUGCAUCUCUUGCCUGUAGUGGUGGAGUCAGGAGCUGUCGCUGGUCACACUUCUUUGGAGUGGUAUGGCAUACCUGUUCACACACCUGUUGGAGCAGCGCUGGGAGACUUCCAGUGUAGUGUAUACUCCUGCAAGACUAACAAAGGAGAUGCAGUGCUGAACAUGAGCACUUCAGCGCAGCUGACGUUCACCAUGCCUGCAGAGUUCUCCCCUCCGAGAUCUCCAGACCCCCUGUCCCCCAUUGCAUAUUUCCCGUACUUCCACGGCUCCUAUCUAGCGGUGGCGGCAUCGCUUAAUGGAGGAAAUGUAAUGGCAACCUUUGUUAGAAUGCUGGGCUCAUGGAUGAAAGAAUUUGGAUUAGAAGUGAGUGAGUCUAGAAUCUACUCGCAGUUGGUGCAGUCUGCCCUGAUUCAGCCUAACACUGACCUAAGUGUGACCCCAACACUUCUAGGAGAGCGGCAUGACCCCACCACCCUCGCCAAUGUCUCCCAUAUCUCGCCCUCUAACCUCUCUCUGGGUCACAUGACCCGGGCUGUGUGCAGGGGCAUUAUUGAGAACAUGGCUUCUAUGAUGCCCCCUCAAAGCCUACAGGCUGCAGGGGUGACAAGAAUUAUUGGUAGUGGCAGUGCUCUCUCAUGUAACACAGUUCUGCAACAGGAAGUGGAGAGGGUAUUUCCUUUUCCUGUUGUCUAUGGAAAAGAAGUGGACUCAGCAGUGGGAGUUGCUAUGGUGUUUCAUGAUCAAACAUAGGAAGAUACAAAACCCAGGAUCAGCCAUAUCACAUUCUAUAGUGUGUUCAUCUCAGAGACAUUUACAAGCUGCUGUAUUGCUCAACUGUAUACAUUUUGUACUGUAUGAAAGUGAAAGUUUGUAUUGACGUGCACUUAAUUAUUUUAUAUUUUUACUUUUAAUUCUGUAUAACUGUCAAACAUUAUGAAAGUCUUAAUUUACCUUAUUGGUUAAUUUGUUUAACAAUCUGUUUUCAAUAUUGAAUUGAGCUUUGACAUAUCAAAAUGUUUUGUUUACAAUGUUUUGUGGCAUUUCAAAUGGAAAUAAAC